CCCCCCCGUGGGGAGGACCCGGCCGGGACCCCCCUGCUCAUGGGGCCGGGCACCCAGCACCGGCCCCAAGCCCGCCCCGUCCAUCGGCGCAGCAGGAAACCGGGACGAGUCGGGACCAGCCCAGCGCAGGCACGAGCGGGACCCACGGGCACGAGCGGGACCCACGGGCACGAGCGGGACCUGCUGCCGCGCACCCAGCACCGCUGGAGGCAGAGGUGCCGGAGCAGCCAUGGAGGCGGCGGUGCCCGCGGAGGAGGCGCUGGUGCUGGUGGAAUACGGCUUCGAGUACCGAGCCAAGGACGGGACCUUGGUCUCCAUCAAACCAAACGAGCGCUAUGUCCUGCUGAAGAGAACCAACCACCACUGGUGGCACGUCAAGAGGAGCGGGGACGCGCGGCCCUUCUACAUCCCUGCCCAGUACGUGAAGGAGCUGCCCCCCAUUGCCACUCCAGCCCCGCUCGACCCAUCCCCAAAGGGAUACAGCAGGAUGGAUCCGACCAUGCUCAUCCCGCAGCAAGCACCAGCCUUCGAGUAUCGGUUCAUCGGAGCCACCGAAACGAAAGAGCCGGAGAGGGGCUGCUCUGUGCCCGGGAGGGAUCCGGUGCCCAGGACGGAUCCGGUGCCCGGGAGGGAUCCGGUGCCCAGGACGGAUCCGGUGCCCAGGACGGAUUCGCCUCCGCUUCUCAGCUCUCUUCGGGCCCCCCCACGUCUCCCGGACCCCGUUCGCCCCUCGCACUCCCUGGAUGACCUGGCCCGGGUGUCCCCAGCGCCGCGCGGUGCCCCCAGCCCCGGCUCGCACGGGGACCCCCCUGGACGCGUUCGCCCCCUCGGCAAAAGCCGCUCCGAGACCCUCUGUGCCCCCGGCAGGGACCGGGACGUGGCCGGGAGGAGCCGGGGCCCCGGCCCCGCAGCUCAGGCACAGCCGGAGCCAGAGGAGCCUCCUGCUCCCAUCUACCUCAACCUCCAGGAGCUGCGGGAAGCAGCCGGCGCCGGCUCGGGCCCGGAGGAGCCCAUCAGCUCCAGUUGGGAUUGGGAAACCCACACGGACACGGACACUGGACACUUGUUUUACUAUAACCCCGUGACGGGCGAGACCACGUGGGAUUGUCCCUUUGGGCAGGCAGAUGGAGUGAGUCCCAUGGCCUCUGCCGCCCGCUCGCCAUGCAGCCUGCGGUGUUCCGAGUGGGAGCAGCUCAUGGAUGAAGGCAGCGGACAGGCUUAUUUCUAUAAUUGGGUGACAGGUGAGACGUCGUGGGACCCCCCCGACACCGGAGGAGCGCAGGGCAUGCACCCCGGGGGGACGCGGUACGGAGCCAUGGAGCAGAGGCCACCCACUCCAGAAACAGAUUAUCCCAACCUGUCUCCAGAUGAGCUGGAGAGUUAUCCCAUGUACUGCUCGCCAGUGGGCUCCUAUGAUCAGGAGGCAGCUCUCUACACGUCCCCAAGGAGCCACGAAGAGCUGGGCUCAGCCUCAAGCUGGUUUGGGCACAGCCACCCCGAGGGGAGCAUAUUCUGCCCCGAGCACCUUGCCUCCGACACGGGGCCAUGGGGCCGCCCGGCCCGGGCCAGCAGCAGCUCCAGCCUGGACAGUGGGGUCCUCACUGCACCACCGGCACCCAGGGAGGACAAGCUGAAGAGCCUUGAAAAAGCCGGGGUGCUCAACAGGACCAGGACGAUGGACAGGGGGAAACGGAUCCGGAAGAACUGGAGCUCCUCCUGGACUGUGCUGGAGGGAGGGAUCCUCACCUUCUUCAAGGACUCCAAGCACUCAGCCGCUGGUGCCUUGCAGCGGCACCCCAGCACCCUGACCACCCCUGAGCACACCCUGGAGCUGCGCGGGGCCACCCUGGCCUGGGCCGGCAGGGACAAGUCCAGCAGGAAGCACGUUCUGGAGCUGAGGACACGGGAGGGCUCCGAGUUCCUCAUCCAGCACGACUCGGAUGGGAUCAUCGCUGCCUGGCACAAGGCGAUCGCCGACAGCAUCGGGAGGCUGGUGAGCAGGGCCCCCUGCCCCGUGGCCACGGGGAUGGGCACAGGGGCUCACGCUGCCCCUUCACAGGGCACCGACCUCUCUGGAGAUGAGGAUGCCGAGAGUGGGGCUGAGUUUGGCUCCCGGGAGAAGCUGGGAGGUGGUGAAGAGAAGAGGGCAGUGAUGGGCAAUGCCGGUGGCGAGAGCGACUCCAGCAGAGUCCGGAACAAGCUCCGCAAGUUCCUGCAGAGGCGGCCGACGCUGCAGUCCCUGCGGGAGAGGGGCUACAUCAAAGACCAGGUCUUCGGCUGCUCCCUGCAGGUGUUGUGUGAGCGGGAGCGGGGCACGGUGCCGCGCUUCGUCCUGCAGUGCAUCCAGACCGUGGAGAGGAGAGGCCUGGACAUCGAUGGGCUGUACCGCGUCAGCGGCAACCUGGCCACCAUCCAGAAACUGCGCUACAAAGUGGAGCAUGACGAGCAGCUGGACCUGGAUGACGGGCGCUGGGAGGACAUCCACGUGGUCACCGGAGCACUGAAGCUCUUCCUCCGCGAGCUGCCCGAGCCGCUCGUCCCCUUCAGCCACUUCGAGCAGUUCAUCGCUGCCAUCAAGAUGCAGGACCCGGUGCGGCGGAGCUGGUGCAUCCGUGAGCUGGUGUCCUCCCUGCCGCCUGCCCACCACGACACCAUGAGGGUCCUGUUCCAGCACCUCUGCAGGGUUAUCGAGUACAAGGAGGAGAACCGCAUGUCAGUGCAGAGCAUCGCCAUUGUCUUUGGCCCCACACUGCUGCGCCCCUCCAGCGAGGAGGGCAACAUGGCCAUGCACAUGGUGUUCCAGAACCAGGUGGUGGAGCACAUCCUCAACCAGUACAGCUACAUCUUCCCUGACGGCUAGAACGCCCUGGGGCCGCGCGGGGACAAGCCCCACAGUGGGGACAUGAAGGAGCAGCAUCUCAGGGUCACCUCGGACAUGGCAAUGGUGGGCUCCGUGAAGGGCUGUGUGGGGCCCGGCUCGCUCAGGGUGCAGCUCGAGGGAUGGCUGCUGGAGCUGAGGGCACCCGGAGCACCCCAUCCUCCUCUGCUGAACCCACAGAGGCUGAGCCCCGGGACAUGUGUGGAGUUUGGGGGUCCCUUUUGGUCAGGAGGGGACAAUGGAGUCGUGUGGCACCAGUGACAGAGACCCAGCAUCCCUGGCCAGGCAGUGCCUGUGGGUGCCAUGGCUGGAGCCAGCGUCCAGCAGGAUCCCAAUGCCAUAUUCCCAAAUAAAGAGCCAGUUCAGAGGACAA